GCGAGCGGGUGGUGAACCAGCUCUUGACGGAGAUGGACGGAUUGGAAGGGCGUCGGCACGUCUUUGUGAUCGCGGCCACGAACAGACCGGAGCUGAUCGACCCCGCCAUGCUCCGUCCAGGGAGGCUAGACAAGCUCCUGUACGUGCCCCUGCCGGGACCGGAGGACCGGGCGGCGAUUCUGAAAGCGGUCUCUCGGGACAUGGCGGUGGAUGCUGCGGAGGUGGAUCUAGAAGCCCUUGGGAGGGAUCACAGGGCAGAGGGCUACAGCGGGG